AUGUCUGUUACGGACGCUCGUGAGGCCGAGGCCAGGUCCAGGAGCCAGUCUAGGUCAAGGUCAGAUAGCAAUGCUGGCGGCGGCUCACCACCACCACUGCCGCCUGUCAACCCCCGGCGCAAGCGCGAGAGCUCUCGGACGCGGACGAUUAUCAAUGGGCUGAUGGGCCGCAAUAAUACCGAAGCAGACGAAGCUACUCUUAGCAUGAGCACCCCCCAUCUGCCACUGGCGAGACCGCCAGUGGCCCCAUUCGCGGACUCGUCAGCCGAAGAUAGGAGGAGUGCCUUCUCAGUCAGCGAUGACGAGAAGCCAGCACCUCGCAAAUUGCUGAGGAAAGCCAGCUCCGAGAUUAAGCUUGAUGCUCGCGCCAGCGUCGCUCCACCCCAGGUGGCGAUUGGACCGCCAGCUGGAAGGGCCGUGAUCACGUCCAAUAUGCGUGGCCCCGCGACCCCCGCGGCCAACAUUCCCGGUGGAAUGUUUUAA